AUGGGCUGGCUAUGGGGAUCAAGUCCCAAGGACACCCCCAAGGAUACUACUCAACCCAUUCCCUCUACCACUCCGGAGACAUCCCAGCAAAAUGUACCCAAGACCUUGACCCCCGAUGAACAGGCCGACUUGGAAUUCAACCAAAUCCUGGCCGACCUCAGAUCAGAAGAUAAAUCGCUUUCAAAACAAGGCCUUACACCAGAAAGCCAUGUCGAAUCCGGCGCACCCCAAUCAGCCAUUGCCCCGGAGUCUCUAUAUCAAGAUACCAUGUCCUGCCGCAAUGCCUUCGACUACGCCUUUUUCUGCCAAUCCUUCGGUGGUCAAUUCGUCAAUGUCUACCGAUAUGGCGAACUUCGGUCCUGCAGCGAUCAUUGGGAUAAUCUUUGGCUGUGCAUGAAGACUCGCACGUGGCCAGAGGACUUGCGCAAGCGGGCAAUCCGGGACCACAACCGAAAGAAGGCGAUCAAAUAUAAAACCGGCCCCAGUAGCGAGGAUGUGUGGGACGUACGGUUGGAGCCCGCCACAGAAUCCUUCAAGGGUGACUUUGCUGCUUUGGAGAAGGAGAUGAAGGCUGAAGAUGAAGCAGCGAAACAGAAGGCGGCUGCAUGA